AUGUCCAAGCAUUCUACUAUCUCAGGCAGACCAAGACCACCACGUUCCACACCAAAGAAACCUCUGAAAUCCUCACACACAGUCAAUCCUUCCUCGGAAGGUCCUUCUUUGAAGAAGCGCAAAUACAUUCCUGGUGGCCCUGGGGGAGGUGGACGAUUCAUAGAAGUUGAACCCGGGGAGAUCACGUCCCCGGAACAAAAAACAAACUCACAUCGACGACACUCCUCAAGCGCGCGCGGUCGCCCACUACGCGACAUGGACCACUCUCUCAAUGCCCCUCUUCCACCCCCUCCCGUCCCGACAACACCGCCGUCAGUGACGCGUCCGCGACGAGACAAAAGCCAGAACCGAGGCCGCUUUACCUCUUCAACGGCUGCUGCGCUUGCGCUACAACAAGGUGAUGGCUACAAGCCCCGAGAAGAGAGAGGAUGGGAAGAGUUCCAUCCUGAUUUGGACAUUGAUGGCAAACUCGCUGUCUUCACAUCCGGGGAAGUGGACACGGUCGAUCCAGCUGCCAACGCCUUGACUCUUGAAGCGUUGACUGCGAGCGCUAUGCAGGAUGGCUCAGGAAGUCCAAUGCUAGCUUCGCCUGACAUUGCCUCACCAGUUCCGUUCAAGCGUAGACCUGGGCGCCCCCCACGUCGCCCAGAAGCGAUUCUAAAUGCUCUCCUCGCGCAGCAAGGGCCAAAGGUGAUUCCACCUCCAGGUCCAAAUCCUCGAGAAAAGUUGACGCUACCCAAACCGUCAUUCAGAUUGCAAGAUCCCUUCACUUUUUACGAACAGCGGGGCGUUGGGCAACAAAACUACGUCGAUCGAACUAUGGCCAGUGUUGGAUACCAGGAAAGCGACCUGUUCCUUCGCCACGACCGACGCUUUAUUCGCAUGACAGAAGGCGCCCAAGAAGACGAUAUGGACGUGAUCCAGCCUGCUGUGGCAGAGGGCGAUGUCAAUGCGACAAGCGGUCGAGUAGAAUAUGAUAUGGACGAACAAGAUGAGAAAUGGCUUGAAGAUUACAAUACCAAGCGAAGGGAAGACCAACUCGAGCCUAUUAAACCCGCAAUUUUUGAAAUUACUAUGACCAAAAUCGAAAAAGAAUGGCACGCGCUGGAAAAGCGGAUCCCCAAACCAAAUCCUAAACCUCCACAAACACAGCGCCCUCGAUCCAGUUCUGCAGCAGCAGUCAAUGGAGAGACUGCCGGGCCCGGGGAAGAGCAAGAUAGCAAGUGUGCCAUUUGCGAUGACGGGGAUUGCGAAAACUCCAAUGCCAUUGUCUUCUGCGACGGCUGUGACCUUGCUGUCCACCAAGAGUGCUAUGGUGUUCCAUUCAUCCCAGAGGGUCAGUGGCUUUGUCGGAAAUGUCAGCUGCUAGGACGCGGCGACACAAAUUGUAUUUUCUGUCCUAACACCGAGGGCGCUUUCAAACAAACUACGUCUUCAAAGUGGGCGCACCUUUUGUGUUCUAUCUGGAUUCCUGAAGUUUCAAUCGGCAAUCCAUCUCUGAUGGAGCCCGUUACCGAUGUUGAAAAAGUACCUCGCAGUCGAUGGAAGUUGCUUUGUUAUAUAUGCAAACAGAAAAUGGGUUCCUCGAUCCAAUGCAGUAAUAAAAACUGCUUUGUUGCCUUUCACGUUUCGUGUGCGCGCCGAGCCCAGCUGUAUCUGAAAAUGAAGAUCGGCCAUGGACUUAUGGACUCGCAUCUUCUCAAAGCCUUUUGCGACAAACAUGUGCCACCUGAUUGGCGGUUGGAACAUGGCACCGAUGCUGCAACGGCGGAUGCAAUAGAAUAUUAUCGCAACACUAUGCAAAACCGAAGAUGGGGUGACAGCCAGGCGGCGGCAUUGUCGUUAGGUCCGGCACACGCUGAUGAAACAGAAGAACUUCCUCAUACUCCUCGCAUCACUUUGACUGUUGGUGGUAACAAGCGCAAACGUGCUCCACCACGAACUAUUUGGAAGCUGCCUUCAGGUGCUCCAGUCAUCCCACAGGUUUUGUUAGCCUCGAUUGUGGCAUGCCUUGGGCGAUUCACUGUUCGCGGGCGCAAGCAAUAUGCAGAAGAUGCGUGCAAAUACUGGACACUCAAGCGUGAGGCACGCCGUGGAGCUGCGUUGCUGAAGAGGCUCCAACUUCAGCUUGAGACGUUCUCCUCUAUGGAGAUGACUCGGCGAGACUAUGUAGCGAUGGGUGUCACCGGACAUAAGCGCUUGUCGCGUCGCAUUGAGUUUGGCGAGCAUCUCUACAAGGAUCUCGAUCGCUUGAGGAUGUUAUGUGAUGAAGUGAAAAAUCGCGAGAGGGAGAAGCUCAAAGAUGCUGAGAUGCUACGGAACAUUGUCGACAUGGUCUAUUUUCCAGUAUUUCCCCUGCUAUGGCCAAUAUUUGAGAAAGCUCAAGUCCUUGAUGGAAAGGGUGUAUUUGCAGCCGGGUUAUUUUCUAUUCGUAAACGCCUCGAAGAACGAUUCUACCCAUCCGUUGCAUCAUUUUCUGCUGAUUUGGCGAGUCUUUUCACUACGGAGAUUGGGGUGGGCCCCGCCGGUGAUACCGCAGAGUUACAAGCACAGAUUAGUGGUCGUGCUCCAGAACUCAGUCUAGAACAACGCGAAAAGCGAAAGCUAGCCAAACGGAUCAUCAAAUCUAUCCAGCCUGCCUUGGAAGACGCGAUUCGCAACGAAAGCGAGCUGAAUCGUAAGCCAUAUGAAAAGGAGUUGAAGGAGCUCGACGCAAUUCUUGAUCACAGUGUGAUGUCGCGCCGUGGUGAUUCUAUUGAACUUGAUGACCAUGAUCUUGAGACGAGCUCGGGCGAUGAUAUCAAGCCCGACGUUAUGGAGGGUGUUGAGGAGACAGGGAAAGUCGCAGAUACAUCCACCCUUGACCCUCAGAGUGGCGCUAAAGCUACUUUUACCAAGGAACUCGCGACUAGCGCCGAAGGAGUUCCAUUUAUAGAACAAGGACCACCCGAGAUCAAGCCAAACAUUAAUAUUGCAUAUAAGCGACACCCUACUCCAGUCUUGACUGAGGAGGAUCAACAGCUUCCUUUAGCAUUGGGCGGUAUUCAAUGGUACAUGCAACCCUUUGAUCCCAUUGGAACCACCAUCCAUGAAGAGCGUUGGACUGGUCGAGAUGUGAUGCGCGGCAUGAGUGAAGAGCUGAGUGAACUGGACGAGGAUGAACUCCAAGACCUUGUAGAUGAUGAGAACCCAUCUGCGAAUACCUCUUCUGAUAUAGGCAUGGGCCAACUACAGAAGGUCCGGCGGACUCGUCGUUUGCGAGGAUAG